GGUGACUUUGGUAAUUUUAGAUUUGGCGUAAGAUAUUACCUUAUAUUAAUAUACUGUCAAGUAACGGUACGUGCUACUGGGUUUCGUAAUCACUAAUAACUUAUCUAGUUAGUCUAUGCCGCCGCCCCUGUCCCACUGCAAUAUAUUUUUUAUUGUUUUAUUUUUAAACUUUGGGAAUCAUUUGCAGGUUUCUUUCUUUUUCUUUUGCUGGAGAUCUGCAGGAGACAUGAUCAUGAAUUUUUUGACGAGUUUGCACGAUGGUAUGACGGAGAGCUGUAAGAGGAAGUUCCCGGAUUUCAGAGCCUACAACAGCAGUUUUGUCCAGAGAGAUUUAAGGACCAUGGUGGAGAGCUCAUCAGUUCACUCUACAGUAAAAGAAGAGUCAGACCAAGUCCCUAGACCCCUUCUAGAUCACGUGCCAAGACCUUUAGAUCACGUGCCAAGACCUUUAGAUCACGUGCCAAGACCUUUAGAUCACGUGCCAAGCCCGCUAGACCACGUGUCAAGACCACUGGUAUGCAAGGCUACAGACCUUGUAAUGUGCAAUGUUCCUCCAACUACCAAGUCCCCUGUCUGUACCGCUUGUAGGCUACCGAUUGAAGAGAGUUUGUUGAUGAAAGUGAACGAUGUGUUCUGGCACGAACAGUGCCUCAGGUGCUGCCUGUGUAACGUUCCGCUGAGUGACUCAUGCUUCUUCGAUAAAAACCAGAGACUAUACUGCAAAGCUGACCAUUACCAGAGGAUACUAGACGCCAGCACGUGUUGCAUGUGUAGUGCGUCUAUCAGUGCUAACGACCUGGUGUACAGAGUGCAUGGCAGACUGUACCAUAUCAGAUGUUUUACAUGCUCUAGAUGUAGUUCUUCUCUGAGAAAAGGUGACGAGUACGUUUUGCACGGUAACGGAGAUUUGGUAUGUAAAGGCUGCUCAGACGAGGGGCUACGAGACCAUUUCUACCUGGGGGUAGACCCCACUUGUAGGAGGGACAGAAGGGAGGUUAAAAGACCCCGCACUGUACUCUCUAGUGUUCAGCGAAAAGUAUUUAAAGAAGCGUUUGACAGAACUCCCCGACCUUGCCGUAAGGAACGCGAGAAACUCUCCUCACAGACUGGUCUCAGCGUCAGAGUCGUGCAAGUCUGGUUCCAGAAUCAGAGAGCUAAGGUAAAGAAGCUGGCUCGGAGGAAGAUGAAUAAGCAGUCAGUAAACUCCGACUCAGACAUGGAGGAGAGAUGUUUGUACGAUAAAACUGGCGAAUCAAAAGUGACGUCAUCAGUUGAAGGUUACCCAGAGUCAAUUACCAGUCCUGCCAGUUGUAGCCUAGCUGAUCAGAGCUACACGAGUUUAGGUUCGCCUGGUGGUAUGAAACCUUUCCAAAACUGUCCUUAUGUGGAUAUUCACUCCCAGAUGCCUCAGCCAGACCUAACUCAACCUGACUCUUACCUCCUCCCACCCUCCCCCGACCACUCAAACCAGCCAAUCACAGAGCUGUACUCUUCACACGUGACCCAGAGCAGCCAAUCAGCAUCUAGUAACCUUGGCGACGCGUACAAUUCCCCUGGUUUCCAGAUGGACUCAAUUCAGAAGCUGCACAGUCACUCGCACACAUUCAACGGAGGACAUUAUUAUCAUAGUGACACUACAGGGAUUUAAUGGGCCUAAGCCCUAAAGUAAUUACUGUUUGGGACUAAUGCAUAAUGGGCCUUAUAGGGCCAUAACAUAACUCACAUGGUCGUAAUACGACCCCUAUAAUUUCACCUACCCGUACCGUGUGCUUACGCGUACUAUGUGACGCUGUUGUUUGCCGCGGGCCGCCGUAUGGCGGUCGUGCGAGAGGGCUUUAAUUUUAUUGGGUUUAUUGACGGAUGAUACUGAUAGUUUUAAUUUCUUCGAAACCAGAGGCACUGGCAAGUGCUAUGAAGUAGCGGGAGCCGGGUCAGUCCAUUAACAAAUAACGAUGGACAAUCUGGUAUAUAGAGCAAUCUGAAUCAUGUAAUUUUAAUUUUAUGAUACGCAGAACUUGGAACUGGUGAAACUGAAUUGAUUUCCUGUUUGGUUGUUCGCUGUUCAUGCAGCUCACGUCAUGGAGCUAUACACUUAGACUUAUUGAUCGCAAUGCAAGUUUUAGUGUUGAAGUAGAAAAUAAGAACCGUUUUGUGCUGUUGUCUAUUUAAUUAAUUUAGUGAUUAAUUAUUUUGAUGUUUGUUGGCUGACUACGGAAAUUAUCAAUAUGAAUACAGCCCUUCCUGACUGAAUUUUGUUGAUAUAUUGUUCCGCUAAUUGUGUUUUCCAAUACUUUGUAAUUGUUCUAAUAUAAAUGAUUAACGAUUAUUUCC